GGAAGCUUCCAUAGUCUCUCACUAAAGCUGGACUGGAACCCGCGGUGGGGGUGACAGGCACUCAAGGCAAGGACGCUCCGGGCGCGGACGCGGCUUGUCGGGCCUCGAGUCUCAGGCUCGUGUCUGCGUGAGCAGCAGAGAUUUUGCUGCCUGUCUCGGAAAAACAAAAACGAUCCUGAGAGAGGAAAGAAUUUUUGUUACACAACUAAAAGUUUAAGUUCAGCUCUGGCUUCUCUGGACUCAGCUUCUGAGGAUGAUUGGCAGUUCUAAAACCAUGGGCCGGGUGCCACUGACAUUCAGUGAUGUUGCCGUAGACUUCUCUCAGGAGGAGUGGGAAUGCCUAAACUCAGAUCAGAGGAAUUUGUACAGAGAUGUGAUGUUGGAGAAUUAUACUAACUUGGUAUCACUGGACAUUGAUUUCACAAGUGAGAGCAACAAAUUAUCUUCAGAAAAAAGCAGUUAUGAAGUAAAUUCAUACCAUCGGGAGACAAUGAAUAGAAGUAAAACCUUCAACUUUAUGGCGUUUAUUUUCAGAAAUGACUCACAGAACAGAACUAAAUUUGAAAGACAACAGGCACCUAAAGUGGGAUAUUUUAAUCAAAUGAUAUUCAGAAAACAUAUAUCCCUUCCUCUACAUCAAAGACUUCACACUAAAGAGAAGUCAUAUGAAUGUAAGGAAUGUAGAAAGGGCUUUAGGAAAUAUUCACACCUUACUGAACAUCUGAGAGACCAUAGUGGUGUAAGACCCUAUGAAUGUAAGGAAUGUGGAAAGGUCUUUAUAGUUCUCCAGCAUUUUAUUAGACAUAAAAAAAGUCACACUGACUUGAAACCCUUUGAAUGUAAUGGAUGUGAGAAGGCCUUUAGGUUUUAUUCACAGCUUAUUCAACAUCAGAUAAUUCAUACUGGUGUGAAACCCUAUGAAUGUAAGCAAUGUGGGAAGGCCUUUAGACGUCAUUCUCACCUUACUGAACAUCAGAAAAUUCAUAUUGGUUUGAAACCCUACAAAUGUAAGGAAUGUGGGGAAACUUUUAGGUUGUACCGACAUAUGUGUCUCCAUCAGAAAAUUCAUCAUGGUGUGAAACCCUAUAUUUGUAAGGAAUGUGGAAGGGCCUUUGGUCAUCGUUCAAGCCUCUAUCAGCAUAAGAAAAUUCAUUCUGGUGAGAAACCAUAUAAAUGUAAACAAUGUGGAAAGGCCUUUGUUCGCAGCUAUCUACUUAUUGAACAUCAGAGAAGUCAUACUGGUGAGAAGCCUCAUGAAUGUAAGGAAUGUGGAAAAGCCUUUAGUAGGGGCUCAAGCCUUCUUAAACAUAAGAGAAUUCAUAGUAGCGAGAAACUCUAUGAUUGUAAGGAAUGUGGGAAGGCCUUCUGUAGAGGCUCUCAGCUUACACAACAUCAGAGAAUUCAUACUGGUGAGAAGCCCCAUGAAUGCAAAGAAUGUGGGAAGACUUUUAAGCUCCAUUCUUACCUUAUUCAACAUCAGAUCAUUCACAGUGAUUUGAAACCAUAUGAAUGUAAACAAUGUGGGAAAGCUUUCAGUCGUGUUGGGGACCUUAAAACACAUCAGUCAAUUCAUGCCGGGGAGAAACCUUAUGAAUGUAAGGAAUGUGGAAAAACCUUUAGACUUAAUUCUCAACUAAUUUAUCAUCAGACAAUCCAUACUGGUUUGAAACCAUAUAUAUGUAAAGAAUGUAAGAAGGCCUUCCGUUCUAUCUCAGGUCUUUCUCAACAUAAGAGAAUUCAUACUGGUGAAAAACCUUAUGAAUGUAAAGAAUGUGGUAAGGCCUUUAAUCGUAGUGAUCGACUUGCUCAGCAUCAGAGAAUUCAUACUGGUGUGAAGCCACAUAAAUGUAAGGAAUGUGGGAAAGCCUUUACUCGUUGCUAUCAACUUACUCAACAUCAAAGAUUUCACAUUGGCGAGAAAGUCUUAAUGUAAUGAGAGUCAGAAAGCCUUUAGCCGUGACACAUCCUUUAACAUUAUCACUCUUCUACCACCUAACGAUAUGGUAAAGAUUAAAUUAUUUAACAUAAAAUAUGGUUGUUUGGAAGGGCAUCUGGCACAGAGUAUUUGCUUACUAAAUACUGUAUCAUUUUUUAAUGGUAAUUACUAGUAUUACUAUAAAUAAAUUCAUGUGGAAGGAAGAUCCUGUGAGCAUAUUUUAAAACUCUAUCAUCACUCAUCCAUAUUUCAUUUCAGAUAAUUAAUUCUGGACAAAAUCCCAUAGAAUGUUUUAAACAAGAAACUUUUUUAUUCAAAGCUCAUCCCCCUGAAGAUUAAUAAUGGUAAAAACCCUAUGCUUUUGCUGAAUAUUGAGAGUAUAGCUGUUGAAAAAUUGGAAAGUGGUUUGAAGAAAUUUUUUUAUAAUAAUUUCUAUAAUACAGAUAACAUACAAUCCACAUUUCCUACAAUUCAUGGAAGUUAGAGAUUAACAAUGGGUAGCCAAAAGACAGAUAUUGACUUGGAGAAGGUUUCCUCAAGUAUUUGAAAAAUGUCAAAUUUACAUAAAAGGUACAACAAUGGUACAAUGGAGGU